AAGAAAUUAAAUUUCAAAUAACGUCACUAACUUCCGCCCCGCAGAUAGAAUUUGCAAAAUGGUGGAAGGAGGCGUGGAUAUAGAUUUAUACGCCGACGAUAUUGAAUCUGAUUUUAAUCGUCAGGACGAUUUCGGCGGUGAAAAUGUGGAUUUAUACGACGACGUAAUCGCCGCGCCAGCAACAAAACCGGACGACGGCGAUGGACCUCCGAACCCGGCACCGCAGCACCAGCAUCCUCCGGAGGAAACCAACGGCAGCGUCCCCUAUCACAACAACGCAUCAAACCACGGCCAUCAUGGCCGCCGUUUUCAACUUUACGUCGGCAACCUAACUUGGUGGGCGACGGACCAAGACAUAGCUAACGCCGUCGGAGACAUUGGCGUUACUGAUUUCCAAGACGUGAAGUUCUUCGAGAAUAGGGCGAAUGGACAGUCGAAGGGAUUCUGCGUCAUAUCCCUCGGCUCAGACCAGUCCAUAAGGAUGGUAAUGGACCGACUGCCCAAGAAAGAGAUACACGGACAGCAUCCAGUCGUCACAUUACCCACUAAACAGGCAUUGAACCAGUUUGAGAGUCAGUCUAAGACUAGAUCAACCCCACCCGGCCCUAACAAUCCGGGUAUGAGAGGACCACACCCAGGCGGACCGCCUGGACCACACCCUGGAGAAUUCUUCGGCGGAGGUCCUAACGGACCAGGCGGCAAUGGGCCGCGCAUGAUGAUGGCCGGCGGCGCGCCCCACCACCCGCUGCGGGGCCCGGCGGGCGGCCACCACGGCCACGGGCCGCACCCGCACGGCCCGCCGCACCAUCUGCCGCAGCACCAGGGCCCGCCGCCGCACCAUCUGCCCCACCAGGGCCCGCCGCCGCACCAGGGCCCGCCGCCCAGGGGGCCGCCCAUGCAGGUAUCAUUCAACUUUUUGUUUCUUAGAAAAAUCUACUUUGAAGAUUUAUAUGACUGCCGUAUUUUUAUGAAACAGUUCCAAGGCCCGCCUCAGCUGCAGCGCGGGCCAGGCGGCCCCGGCGGGCCAGGCGGGCCGGGCGGCCGGCCGGGCCCGGACUGGGGCCCACGCGGGCCCCCGCAGCAGCUGCCGCCGCACCCUGCGCCUCAGUACGGACCCCCACAACACCAGAUGCCUCACCAAAUGCCCCCGCCGCACCCGGGCGGCGGAGCGGGCUUGCCGCCCGGGCACGCGGGGCUGGCCGUCCCGCGCGGCCCGGCGCCGCUGCCGCAUCACCCAGGUAUGCCCCCCUACCAAGGCGUGGGUGGCGGGGCGCCUGCUCCCCACGUGAACCCCGCGUUCUUCGCGCAGCAGCCGCCCGUACAGCCGCAGCCCACGGUGCAGCCGCCGCCGCAGCCCGGACCUCCCGGUCCCGGAGCUCCAUAUGGGCACCCAGCGCAUGGCCCACCGCCAACCACGCAGGGUCCGCCGCCUACUGCUAGACAACCCUACGGAAGACCUCCACAAAGCUACCCCGCGGCGGCGGAGGGCGGGCGCGGCGCGCACCACGGCGGCGCGCUGGCGCACGGCGCGCACCCCGCGCACGCGCCGCACGCGCCGCACGCGCCGCACGCCGCCCACGCGCCGCACGCCGCGCACGCGCCGCACGCCGGCAUCAGCGAGGCCGAGUUCGAGGAGGUCAUGUCGCGCAACCGCACCGUCUCCUCCAGCGCCAUCGCGCGCGCCGUCAGCGACGCCGCCGCCGGCGAGUACGCCUCCGCCAUCGAGACGCUCGUCACCGCCAUCUCGCUCAUUAAGCAGAGCAAGGUGGCUCACGACGACCGCUGCAAGAUACUCAUCUCAUCGUUACAAGACACGCUGCACGGCGUGGAGACCAAAUCUUACGGCAGUGGCGAGAGGCGGCGCUCCCGCUCGCGAGACCGCGACGCGCGCGCCCACCACCGCGCGCCGCGCCGCCGCGACCGCUCCGCCUCGCGCUACCGGGACCGCAGCCGCGACCGCGACGAGCGAGACAGGUACAGGGAACGUUCCAGGGAACGUGAUCGUGAACGCGACCGCGAUGCGUAUUACAGGGAUUACCGUGACCGCGAACGUGACAGGUCCCGCUCUAGGGAAAGGGAACGUGCGGAUCACUACAAUAGGGGUCACAGUCGAGAGGAGAGGCCGCGCAAGUCCCCGGUGGAGCCGGCGGCGGAGGGCGGCGCGGGCGACGCGGCGGGCGCCAAGUCCCGCGCGGCGGCCGCGCCCUACUACGACGAGCGCUACCGCGAGCGCCGCGACCGCGAGCCGCCGCCGCCCGAGCGCGAGCGGGACCAUCGCCGCGACGCCCGCCACUAGCGCUGGCCACAGCUUUACACAACGCGCCAUCCCGGGGGGCUGUACUCUGCUAUUAACUUGAUCAAUACAAUACUGUUCACGAAAUACAGGACAUAUUAGCAUGAAGUAGUUUCUGCUGGGAGAACUAAACGGACCUAUCACAAUCGCUUGAUGUCUACAGAAACUAAAAAGAAACAACUUGCAGCAUAUUUCAAUGUGUGUUAGCUCUGUUUUUGUACCUUCAUCAAUUUUACUGUCUACAAAUUUUAGUAGCAUGUGCAACUCAUCUUAAAUCUUUGAUUGUUGUGUGAAACUGUACCGGUGCCUCAUAUGGGGUAGUGAACUCGCUAUAGAUCAAAAUCUGAGCAAUAAGAUAGACAGUCAUAGAUUCCGGUUAAUGUUGAGUGAGUAGACGGGUGACGGAAUAUAUACCUGCAAGUACCCUGUGGUACAUAGUAUAGUGCAACAGAAAUAUAAAUUUUAUUUUUAAUGGACUGGAAGUAGGCUUCACGAAGCCUAUAUAAUUCGGCGAUUGAAGUCGUAUGCCUUAUCAGAUUGACAAAGCAAUUUAUGUAAGAUGACGUUAUAUAUUUUUCGUUGGUGGCUUAAGUAUUUUGGAUUGUAAGCACUAGGAACCAAAGGGUUAAAUAAAAAUAUAUAAAACUCCGUUUUUAGUAUACUCUUACUGUACAAAUUCAAUAUCUACUCAAUGAAAUUAUGACAAAAUAAAAUUGAUGUUUUGUUUUUUGUCUUCAACCUAUAACUUUAUUUCCAAAAUAAUUUUCUACAACAAAAUUAACAUUCCAAUUUUCGCACCCUUCACCCAGGUACACAUUUUGGGAAUUACCUUUUAAUUCAAACAUUGGUUUUACAUGUAGACCAUGCCUAUUAUGCAUGAAGUGAUAAAUUCUCACGUAGAAAUACCCUACUUCGAUUAAAAUAAUACUAAAAUUCAAAGAUGUCACUAAAAUCAUAGUCUAUCUUAUUACUGUUAAUUAAUUUCCUAAUGUUUUAAUCAUUGUGUUUCAAUAGGAAAUCUAUCAGUAAUACUGUAAGGUUUAGUCAUGUAAGUUAAGAUAUUCUCGUAUGGUUUGUUCCAUAUGGUUAGAUUAUGACACUGAUUUAGAUGUUAAUUAAAUAAAUUGAUGUAAUGAGACAAA